AUGAUAUCGCGUAGAGAUAAACUUUUAAAUUAUCCCUGGGAACAGAGACGCUAUGAACAGCAUAGAGAAAAAGUUAAGUCCGCCAAGGCAGCCAUAGAUCGUUCACCGCCUAUUUUCUAUCCCCAUAUUGUACAAAAAGCCAAGAAGCAACAAUCCGAACGGGAACGUAUUCUUCAUGUGGAGGCGGAAAAUGUACGUUUGCUACAAAGUCUAGCGGAUAUUAUGCGUAGCAAACGAAUGGCGGAUUUUUGGAGAGAACCACGGCCAAAUUUUUUAAAUCGUGAAAAAUUAUUUGAAAUACGUCCAAAAACCACUCAGACCAAUUGGUCACCCAUGGAAAGUCUAAGGGAGAGUGUUAAUACUACGGCGUCGACAAAACGCAAUGCCCGCUGUCCAACCUGUAAUGGCCGUCCCGAGAAGCCAUUGACGAUAAUUCCCGAAGCUCGCAUACCAUGGCAACCGCCACGCAUAACCUUUAAUAAACGACUAAUGAACAGCUGCUAUUUGCCUAGUAAAAUGAAUUUGGGCCAGAAAAAAUAA